AAAAUCUUGGAUUCAUAGAUCUAUUGACACGCCCGCAACUCGGACUUCAUCAACCAAGUCGGCGAUAAUGGAAUGAUUGAUUUUUUUGCAUCAAGAAUCAAAUAAGAAUCAAAAUCAAUACUUGUUUCUUGGCGGCAUGCUUCAUUACAUAUAUCCAAAAAAUCUGGCGCUGAAACAUCUCAACUGCGUAAAAUUAGGUUGCUGUAAAUAUCGUAUAGUGUACGACGACAAAAUAUUUUAUGGAAAGAUAAAAUCGCAUGUAUUGCCGCCAAGUAAGUCUUUCUUCAAAAACAAUCAAGGGUAGCAGUCCAUCAUUUAGUAGUGGUGCCAAAGUUGUGUCCCGUCAAGCAAUACACCGCAAGCUAAAGUGGAGACGUAAGGCCCUUGGCCUCCAUCAUCUGUUGUGGUCCGUGCCAUGAAUGCAGUUUACGUAGGAAUUUUUUGUUUUUUGAUAAUUCAGAGUUCAGAAAAGCUCUCACGGAAUAAAAUUACAAUUCAUUGGAUCAGGAUUUCUAGGUGCUUAGAAUUGUUGGCAGCAAAAUGUUUAACCCUUCUCGGCCAAAUUCGGCCAGCCAAACAAAAUAUACAAACAGGGCUUGAAAAAAGAUUUUUCUUCCUGGCAGCAAAAUAAAAAAUUCAAGAUUUCCUGCGAAGCUUCGACAAAGUUUUCAGCAACUGAAAGUGAUAUUUUAAGUUGCUUGAUUUGUUUUGGAACAGCAAUCAUUUUGUUUCUGCUGUACUAGAUGAGAACAAGGAGAAUUUGAUUGAACAUUCUCAUAGUUUGUUUUCAAGGUUAAAGUUAGUAGAUCUGAAAGCCAAAAAUAACUUUUAUUUAAUUUCAUAUCAUUACUAGCAAACUAGAUACUAUUGAAGAAUUGAUUUAAUACUACAUCUUGCUUUUAGUUUCAUGUUUGCUGCUCAUUUUUAUCAUCAAAGCUAGUAGUUCAUACAACAUGUAAAAACACUAUUUUAUUUUUCAAUGGUUAAAAUCGGGGUGGUGCUAGAGGCAAAGGUGUAAUCCAAAAACGCUUACAUUCUAUAAAGCAAGCGAUGAAAAAUGUAUGCAAAUGCCAAUAGAAAAGUAUGAAAAACAAUGCACACAUCUACACUGGUUUUGAGGCAUGUUCACCUUCAAUACAAUUGACGUAACAAGACUGGCUGUCUUUAAGUGUUUUUACUUAUCUAGAAUGGCUAAUGUAAAGAGAGAAAUGAACUUUGCUUUAGCUUGCUUUAAUUUGAUUAGUAGCUGAAAAUCAUGUCAGAAUUGUCGGAAAUUUGGUAUAACAGACGCUGAUAGUACCAGAUGAUUGUAUUUUUAAAGCUAAUCUUCGUUUUUUGUUAGUAGUGCAGAACAAAAAUUAUACAGUGUGUAUGUAUAUCACAAGAAGACAGCGUUCCGUAGAAAAAGAGUAACAUAAAUUUAAUGUUCAUACUAUAAUCAAGCAAUGGAGAUUUUACUCUAAAAAUUGCCUGGCAAACAGCAACAAUUUCCGGCAGGGCAUUUUCCAGCCCUGUAUACAAAAAAACUACAUUUUGGGCUCAUUCUUUGGAGUAAUAGUGUAAUCAAAAUUGGCUUUGUUUGUUACAAAUGCUUUCAGUUUCAAUUUUCUGUUAUCUUUUACUUUGUUUUUUGCUUCGUUAUUUGCAAUUUUGAGAUUAUUGUGACAAAUUGUAGAUUAUAUUCUCUGCAAAAAUUUUCGUUUCCUUUGUAUUUUGUGGCUUUCAACAUGCGGCCAAAAUUCAAAAGGACAAAAUGGCAACCCUGCAUCCGAUGACGCAGAAACUACUUUGUUGUCCAUGUGGUUCUUUUUGUUGUUGUUGCUGCUGUAAUUGUUGUUGGUUGCUGUUGUUGCUUUUCUCUUUGUUUUCUCUCUUCUCUUAAUCAGUAAUUAAAAACCUCGUGAGUCAUUGAUGAAAUCGCUCGUUUGAGGAAGUCUUAACUGAAGAUCGAUUUAAUAGUAACAUGCGUAAGUCGCAAAGCCACUUGUCCAGGAAAUCUUUAUAUCUUAUUCCAGUAGAAGGAAAAUGUAGUCAUCACAGCAGUUAGCUUAUCUAAAAAUUUCCUGUUACUUUAAAUGAGUCGAAAUAUUCAGGAAUACCGCAGUAUCACUCAAGGGCCUUUCUAUCUUCUCUUAUGGCUAUAGAUAUCCAUUGACUGACUGUCUCUGUUGCGUUGGUUGUCAACCAAAGUCGCUGUUAAAGUGCUUCUGUUUGCUUUUUUUAAGAUGAUCCUUUACACUUUACAUUUAGGUAGUGUAGAUUUUGAAUAUGACAACCAAUUUGACGUAGAAUUACCCCUGUAUCUGUGAAAUGACAGCGAGAGUUAUGCUGCAUGCGAUCACUCUACUUCAACUUUAGUAUUAAUCUUUAUGGAAUUAUUGCUUUAAAAAUUGUAUAACACUCGUAUUAUAUUUUAGCCGAUCUGUGGGAUUUCUAUGCAGGCUAACCCUUUUCCUCGGCAUUUUAACGAGAUUAUUCUUGGUAAGAACAAGAAAUGUCACACGGUAGCAGAAGAGGUUCACAAUCCUUUGAAAUUCAGAUUUGCACUCGCACGACUAUAAAAUAUGUUAUAAGCCUGAGCCCUUUAAACCCCUUCGUAAAGUAAAGAAGAUUUUUAUCUGAUACAACUGGAUAAAAUCUAAAUGGAUAAACAUUUCUUACUUAAAUAACAUGAAAUUACAUGUUGUUGCUUUUUUUCUAAAAAAAUUGUAAAAAAUCAUGAUAAUGUGGCUGGUUUUUCAAAGUUUCACAGCAUAACAGAAGGGCUUCUUCGAAGGGCUGAGGGCUUAUUUGAAGGAGAAAGGCUAAAUCAAAACCCAAUUGCUAGGAGGCUUAUUUGACAGGGGGCUUAGACGAACUUCUAUCGUGGUCAAUUUUAUUGUAUUGUUUCGGGGGAAGUUGAGUUUUGACAUCAUCUAUUUUAUUUUUGUAAAGUGUCAGGAAAAUGCUUUGAAAAGAAUCUCCAGUAAAUAGAGGCAUUGCGCCCCUUCCCUCAUUUAAGCAAAAAUAAUAACAUCAGAGAUCAAGGCGGAAACAAGUUUCAAGACGUUGGGUGCUCCCUGUAAUUUUGGUAGACAUUAUAGCGAGCGGUGUUAUAUUCCCGCUUCUAGGGAUUCGGCUAUUUCUCAUGGGAUAUUCUGAGUCUCACGCAAAAUGUGAUAGGGAUUAGGCGCUGAAUGGGUAACACACAUCCAAGAAAAUUGUUACUAUUCAAAGAUGCAGCUUUAUUAUUCCUUUUUGACUGAAUCUAAGGAAACCAACACCGCUUUGAACUGAUGGAAACUCAUUAAAAGGCCUUUAGAAUAGUUUGCUGUGUUUUAUUUGAAAGUUUUCAUUUCUGUAAGAACCUCGAGUUCUUUGCUCUUUUGUAAUCUUACUAUGUGUUAUCACUCAAGCAUAAAAUACAUACACUAAACUGUGUCGUUAUUUUAAGCUGGUAGUAUCUGAGCUUUACAAUAGCCUUCUCGUCGAUUUCCAUCUUAAAAUCUAGAUUAAUUCUAACAAAUUUCCAGUUUAAUUCAGGAGUUAUCAUAUUGCCUGUAAAGUCUAAUAACGACCGUUGUAGCGUUGAGUCUUUGCGCGGGUAUGUGUGAUGGGUUCCGCACAGUAACGCAGCCUCUUGUCGGAAGGAAUCCCAGUGAAAAAGUCCAAGGCACUUUUCAGUUCACCAUCUUUGUACGCAAGUCCAACUUGCCGAAAUCAGAACAGGAGGCUGAUCAAGUGGCAACUCAGGCCAAACAGCGACCCGUCACAUUUACUGGAAGUUCUCCUCUUGAUGACAUGGCACUACCUAGUGGACAGCCAAAGGGAGCUGGGGCGAGUAAGAGGCCACUUUCUUAUCACCCUCCCUCGUCGUAUCAAAUCCAUUGUGCAACCGAACCGCGUAAUCGAAAUUAUACAACAAACUAUUUUGCUAGUGCAGCUUUUCGUUCACAAGGACACCCAUCUACCAGUCAAGAAUUACAAACCCAACGCAAUAGGACGUCGAACAGCCUUUGUCAUGAUCAUUUAAGCACGCUUUCGUCAGAAGAAUCUGAGUCGCAGGAUGAUGAUGAUGAUAAUGACGACAACGACCCUCAAGAAGUACAAGGGACCCAUGCGAACGAAUCUGAAAUGCCCCAAUCUAAUAAACAGAAUGGUCAUGCCGCAGAUUCUAGCAAAAACAGUUUGGGCAUUUUAAAUGAAGUUUCUGAAUCCUUGCAAUCUACAUCUCAGUCCAGAAAUGGCGAAAAUGAUGACAAUACUGAGUCAUCUGAGUAUGAUGGGACGGGUGCACCACGCACGGUAACGUCACUGCUAAGAUUCACAGAUUCUGGCCCGUCCUUUCAAGAAUUUGUUGAUCAACAAGGCAGCUUGUCCGAAGACUCUUCUAAUUCUUCUUCGGAGGAGCCAGAAGAGCAUCUUACCACAAAUACUGCUGCACGCAACACUGCAUCAGCCAGUGAUUCUGGUAAUACGGAGUCGUCACGUGACCAGUCUUCAGAAGAGUUAGCAAAUGUUGAAUCAGCAGUCAAUAUUGAGUUUGACAGAGAGGAUAUAAUUGCAGACCAGGAAGAAGAGUCAUCUGAUGCAUCCGUCGAUGAUGGAGGAGAUAGCGCUGAGCAUGGAUACGUUGAGAUUGAGCCUGGCUAUGUUGGGGACCAUUCCGAUACAGAGAGCCAGUGCAGCGAGGUAGAAGAAGAUGAAGAGGAAGAUGAUAUAUAUGUAGGAAAUGAUACUCCGCGAGAAAGUAUUGAGGGUUCUGUGCUUGGUGGUGGAGAUUUGCUGAAUGAAUGUCUUGAUAUGCUCAGUGCUGUGGGGUACUCUGACUUAGUUGGCAAUGAAGCAUUAGCAGAGGGUAGCUCAAGCACCGUUUCCGCCGACUCUCGUAUCAGAAACGAGGAAGGAAGCAAUAUCUUUGUCACAAGUUCUAAUGAUGCUAUCUCACUCACACCAAUUAUAGAACAAAGCAAUAGUAAAGAAAGAGCAACUGUGGAAAGUGUAAAUAGAAGAAAGGAAACAGAGGCACUGCAUUUGCAUAGCAAGGACUCAAAAGUAUCUCAUUUAACCAGUUUAGCAGAAGACGCACCCAUCGCUGAUAGUGCACCACUGGUUGGAAAUACCAAGGACCGCAGUUUAGGCAAUGUUAUAUCAGUAUUAGAUGACAUAACCUUUCGUGCUCAGUCACUGCUUAGCGGCUCAGAAAACAACAAGUCAGGCCCGAGUUCUCCUGAAUCGGCCAUUGCUCAAGCAGCUGAACCCACUGACAGGAAUUUCUCAGGUACAUUUGCCCAAGCCAACUUAGCAGAAAGCACAGAUUUUGGAAAUAAUCCAAGAAUUGAAAAUCUUGACGAAGGGUUGCCCAGGUCAAUCAGAGGAGGGUACAAAGUUAAAACUGACCAAAGCAUGGAAAUAAACCAACGAAAUAGGUCCUAUUAUAAAGCUAUUUUUGAUGUUUCUUCGGAUGAUACCAGCAAUGUCGACAGAUCGCUCUGUAAACAGAAAAGUGCUCCUGCUUUCUUGGCCUCCCCAGAUAUCAGUGAUGGAAGAGACGCAAACGUUACUCCUUUGGAUGGAAUUAAGCUUAUUGGGCGAAAAAAAGAGCAAGAUUUUGAGAAUGCUGUAAGCCCAUACUCAAAGCAUCCACGUCCUACUCCCUCUAGCAUAUUAGUAGCGUCAUCGGUAAACGACGGAAGCAGUCAAAAUGAAGGAACGAGUGCUGAAACUACGGCCCCAGAAACCUCACUCUUUUCAUCUCGACAUCGUAUUUUACGUGAAACUGAAUCGGACUCUUCUUCGGUUUCUAGUGCCUUUCAAUCAAGUGCAUCUUCUAAUAAACAUAGAAUUUCAAAUCGCACAGAUAUCGACCCAAACUCUAGUUCGACAGGUGGAGGAGUGAAACUCAAGUACUCUGUUUCGGAUCCGGUUUCCAAAAAUGAUUUUAUGGCAGGCAAACAGUUAAACAAACAUGAUAUGAUAUCUGAAGUGACUAUUAAAACAAAGCCUAAAAGCAAUUUUAGAAAUGAAAAUGAUUUUACGAACCCGGCCUUCAGAUCUGAUCUCAAAGAAAGUGCAGUCGAUGACAAUUUGUGUACUGUUUCGUCAUCCAAUAUCGUUUUCGAUGCCACCAAACUCAAGGGGGAAAGCAUGAGGGAAACAGCUAUAUUGUCAUCAAGUGAGGACUUACCGUCUGUAAGUGCGAAAAACAAACCUAUCGGCAGAACAGACCAACCCCAUCACUUUAAAGAAAUCACAUUGCCAAGUGGAGGUAUACUGCUUGAUUCUAGCAAGAAAAAUAAUCAAGAAACAUCAAGACGUAACAUGCCAUUAGAACGGUCAGAGCCAACGAUGCCACUCAAUACGUUCCCUGUUCCUGAUAGCUCAGCCAAUAGCAGCUCACAACAGUUGCUUGGGGUUUCCAUGAAUGCAGAAACCUUAACAGCUGAAUCUGCUACGUUACUCGAAUCUGAUAAGAGGAAGCCGCCACCACUGCCGCCUAGACAUUCAUCGUUAGAUUAUGGAAAGGACUUGGAAGAGGCUUUGAAAAACAGCACCCAUCGCGAAGAAAUACAGCCUGAAGCUGUUAGGGAUCCUUUUCAAAAUAUUACUGUUCGAAAAGAUAGGAGAGUAAAAGCUGACAAUGUUGCUGCUUCUGGAAGCCAUGCUGUUUCUAGUGUUGUUGUGCAAAAAGAGGAACAUAAAACCUCAUCUGAAAUUAGUGCAGCUUCCUCCAGGCCUAGCAAUACACCAACCUCAGACGUGAUUGUACCGAUGUCUUCUGUAAUUUCGACUACUACUCGUGAUCCUAGUGGGGAUACAAGGCCGAGGGUUCCUGAAAGAGCAAGGGCCAUUGUAAGAACUACUCCAGAUAGUUAUUCAGACCCUUUCAAGCCUUCUCCUGGUCCAGACAAGUCAAGACAGCGGGAAAUCCAAAAUGGCGUCAGGCAUGACCAACCAAAGAGAACUGACCAUAAACAGCGUGUGAGGUCUCCAUCCGAGCCUCCCGUGCCUCUGAAAAACGAAAGGGCGCGGUCCCCAUCGGAGCCACCCUCGCUGCUCAACACUGCCCAACCGCCCUCUAUACCUCUGCGCCCAGAUCGUGACAGGAACACAAAAUUGAGCAUACCCGUAGAUUCAGCAUCGGCAGCACCUACUCCACCUGCAGCAACAUCUAAUGCAGCAAGACAUGCCGCUGCAACUCGUAAGCGUACUACCAAUGUAGCAACUAACAAAGAAAGGCUGAAUGAAGCACCGAGUACUGGAAAAGGACCCAAGGAAAUUCAGAAUUCAAAACCACCUGAUCGACUCCAAGCAAUUGUUCAUUCGGAUUCUCAAGGUGCUACUGGUGGGGCAUCGUCGGCAGAAAGAACAAAGCCCCCGGCAAUGCGUUUUGAUGACAAAGGAGAGACUUUGCCCUCACAUUGGGAGCGUGCCGUCGACUCGCAUGGAAGAAUAUAUUAUAUUGACCAUCUGCACCGAACGACAACUUGGAAAAGACCGAGAAAAGCCCAAACUGCGAAUGAGGGCGACACAACAACAACUGCACAAUUACAACAACAACAUCUUCAGCAGUAUGAUAGAAGAUACCAAAGUUUGCGACGGACCAUCAAAGGCCAGCGACGUGGAGGCGAAUCAAACAGGCCAACCAUCCUCCCUCAGGAGUCGAGACCGACGGAGCCAGAGCAGCCACGGGACCGACCUAGGCAUCUUUCCAGGAGGCAGACAUCAGAGAGCUCCACGCCGCGACAAAAAACUGAACGGACCACCGAGGAAGCAUCGUCCAUAGACGGGCCGCCAAGCAAACCACAACCGACACCUGCAGAUAGGGAUGCAAGAAGUUCAUUUGAAAAUACCCCCGGAUGCAGGUUUAUAAGACGACGGGAUUUUUUUCAGUUCAUCAACAAUCAUGGGAUGGCGAGCCAAUUUCUCCAUCGCAGUGGUCCGUUGAAGCAGACUGUAAACCGAAUACGAGUUGAUCCUUCUAAAUUCGAAAGGUAUCAACACAGUCGUGAGCUUGUCACACUGUUGAACUUUUUCUCGAACCCAGCUGCGGAAAUUCCUUCUGGUUGGGAAAAAAAGGCUGAUCAGUACGGUCAGACAUACUUUAUUGAUCACAAUACACGAAGUACGACUUUCAUCGACCCACGACUACCACUAGAUGAACCCACUGGCCCAGGACCCAGGAGUCGACCUUUGACUUCGUCAGCGACUGCCACCCCUGAGGCAUCAAGUGCAAAGCGUCCACGGCAAGCGGCUACCCCAAAUCAAUCGACCCCAGGAUCUGCAUCGAAAAGCCAAGGGGCCACACCAACCAGUAGACAUGCAACGUAUACAGCUCCACAACCAACAUCGUACAACGAGCGUGUACUGGCGUUUCUGCGACAGCCAGCUAUCGAAGAAAUUCUCAAAAGAAAAGAUGCCAACCUUUCUUCUAAGAAUGCCUUAAGGAGAAAAAUAAUGGUUAUUCAAAGAGAUGGUUUACGGGCAUUAGAUCGCCUUUCCAAUGAUAUAGAGCUGGUCAUGUUACUAAGCAUAUGUGAGGAAGAGAUUCAAGCAUUCGUUGUACCAGAUGCACAGCCGCAGAAUGAAGUAGCAAGUGCUAUCGAAGCGAAAGAAACAAGAGAAUCAAGGCCCCAGGGCACACGAAAGCCUGCACCAUAUCGAAGAGACUUUGAAGCGAAACUUAGAACGUUCCACCGGCAAAUGGUCCAGUCAGGGUAUGGACAAGGACCAGGGAAAAUAAGAAUGAAAAUACGCCGAGAUCACGUGGUCUCUGAUGCUUUCGAACAACUAAUGAAACAGCCGCCAAGGGCAUUGCAGAAGGACCGUUUGUACAUUAAAUUCCUUGGGGAGGAAGGCCUGGAUUAUGGUGGACCCGCACGAGAGUUUUUCUUCUUAAUCUCGAGACAGUGCUUCGACCCCUACUAUGGAUUGUUCGAAUAUUCUGCAAGUGACACUUACACUCUACAAAUAAGUCCAGUGGCAGCCCGCUUCGUCACAAAUUCUCAUUUGUGGCUCCGUUUUUGCGGUCGCAUAAUCGCCUUGUCGCUUGUUCAUCAGCAUUUGCUAGAUGUGUUUUUCACACGAUCGAUAUACAAAGCCCUUCUUCGACAAUCCUACGACCUUAGUGACAUCGAAUCCUUCGAUCCGGAAUUCCAUCAGAGUUUGUCUUGGAUACUCGAAAAUGACAUCACUGAUGUGUUAGAUAUGUACUUCACAACCGAUGAAAUUGUUUUUGACCAGGUAACAGAGAGAGAAUUAAAGCCGGGUGGUAAAUCCAUCCCAGUCACGGAUGAAAACAAAAAGGAAUAUGUCGAUUUAAUGAUUAAAUGGAGAAUGGAGCGAGGUGUUGGAGAGCAGAUGAAACAGCUCGUCGACGGCUUUAAUGAGGUUCUUGACCUGCACAUGAUCUCAAUUUUUGAUGCACGUGAACUUGAGCUGGUUAUUGCAGGCACGGCUGAUAUUGAUGUUAAAGACUGGAGAACGAACACAGAUUAUCGCUCUGGUUACCACGACAAACACCCCGUUAUCCAAUGGUUUUGGAAAGCCGUCGACUCUGUAAACAAUGAACAGAGGCUUAGGCUGCUCCAGUUUGUCACUGGAACAUCGAGCAUUCCCUUUGAAGGCUUCUCCGCACUGCGUGGUAGCACUGGUCCAAGAAAGUUCACUGUUGAUUGCUGGGGUGACCCCGCCAUGCUGCCCAGAGCCCACACUUGUUUCAAUCGACUGGACCUGCCGCCCUACAGAAACUUUGAAGAGCUCUACGAAAAGCUUCUUUAUGCUGUUGAAGAGACCAGUUCAUUCGGUAUAGAGUAAACACUGCCCAAAUUUAAGGUUCUGCCCAUUUUUAAGAAAAAUAGUAUCUGCCUGUUGAAAUAAUAUCUUAAAUAAACCAUGUCAAGAUACUAAUUUAAGCGGUUAUCUCUUUCAAAAAUUCGUAUAUUACAGAGAUACUUUUAGUAGUUGUGUCGACGAAGAAAAUGCUGUAAUUUUAUACUGACAUUCUAAUUCUUUGAAGCUCGGGAAACUUUCUUCUUGUACAAACUGGAAGACUUUAAUUUUCUGUCUUCUGUAAAAAUACCAAGUCCCUUGAAGUCAAACGUACAAAGAAACGCACUAUAUUCCAGAAAAUUAAAAGUAAAUAUUCGAUGUUAAUGCAUAUAGUUGCUGCGAAUUGGCUGCGAAGUUACACUAAGCUGCUCAUUGUUGCAACUUUUUUACGCUUACUAGGUUUAUCUGUUCCCUGCUUCAAAAUUUACUUCCUGCUAGCCUUUUUCUUGGUAUUGAGACAGUUGUGAGUAAAUGUGACCCCUAAUUAACCCCUUCAUCCUCCUGAUGAUUAUAGGUAAAUGCGAGCUUGUUGUAAACUUUAUUUGUAUAUGCUGUUAUUCAUAAUUGCAGAAACAGUUGGAUCCGUUCUGCUCUUUUUUAAAUAGUGUAUUUUUCAAUCACAUAGAAUGUUCUUUCUUCGUUGAAAUUUGGUUAAUGUUAAAUACAAUUUACUCCAAAUUAGCAAAGCGAAACGGAAGCAUAUAGAACAGUAUCAAGAAAAUAUUUUUUUGGUCGGAAAAUGUGUCUCUUAUCGUAAUUGGUCACAUUUUGACUUAGAGCUGUAGAGAUAAAAUAUUUAUAGCACCUUUUUGGUAGGUUUAUCAAAUAUACCCUUUAUCUUUUACACGAACACAUUUAGAUGGAAUUGCCUAGAUGGAAGCAAGAGACUUCGUCGCGUAUCAACACAAUUAAGUGAAAAAAACGCUUUGAUCAAACGUGACAUUAAGUAUCUUAUUUUUGUUAUCAUAAGUAGUGAAAGGGUCUAUUUCCUCAGUCACUUGGUAAUGUUGCCUGGACACGUUUUGUAAAAUUUUCUUUGUAUCGUGUGAUCGUCCAUAAUGUAAUUAGAUUUUGAUGUGAAUAAGCUGCUGGUCUUUGUUUUGCGAAACUUAAACUGAUUAUAUUGUAACUCAUUUAAAUUUAUGAAAAUCCUUCAAUAUGAGCUGACAAUGCUCUCACAAUUGAAAGUACUGGCUGAAACAGUGGAUGUCAGAGAUUGAAUUGCUUAGAUGCAAGUGAAGUAAAAUGUUAUGAAUCAUUACAAUGAGCAUAGCUUAUAGUAAGACUCCUUUCAAAAUAGUAAAUUUAGAAUUCAUGUCAAAAUAAUUGGAAAAAGCAAAGUAAAUAUUAUUUGGUUGCUGGAUUGAUCAACAUUUAAAACCAUGUCACUUGAUUAAGUUACUAUAAUUUGUAAGAAUGGAUAACUUUAAGAAAUUCAAUAACCAUGUUUGAUAAUAAGAUGCUAGGUAUUUACGUUCUUGGUAUGAGGAAUUAUUGACCACACUGUGGGUGAGAAAUUCCAUGUUCUGAUUGAUGUAAGUUGUUAUGCAAUUGCUUUAAGCAAUGCCAUUCAAAAAAUGAUUUUCAAAAGGAAAAACUGAAAAGAUAGCACGAUGCAGAGUCACUUAGAUAUUUUCUUAUGGCACUGCGUCGCUUUGUCCUUUGUAACGACUGUUUUCAGAAAUUACGCUUCUGUUGUUGAUAGAAGCAUCUUUUGAAAUCUUGAUGUUGUUGGUAAUACUUUGUGACUUUUUUCAAUGAGGAAGGUUUACAUACUUAAGACCUGGCGAAUCUUUUGUGUUUCGGCGUUCUCCAUUCUAACUGAGGGUCAAGUCAUCCUUCCUUAGUUGUUUUAAGAAAUUUUUUUAGGGUUUUCAAAUGUUAGCGUUUCUAGUUGUAGGAUUUUGGAUUGUAUUUAGGUUUUUUAGUUAAUUUCUGUUGGUUUUUUUAAUUGUAAUUUUAAUGUUAUUUUACGGGAGUGUUUAAACAUUGAUAUUACUUUCAAACCAGCCCAUGUGCCUAAGAGCUGGCCUCUCCAUAGCUAAAUAACGUAAAUGAAUGAAUUAAAGGGUAAAAGUAAUCAAAACAAUUCAAGUAUCAGAAAUAAUACAUGAUUCAAACUGAAAUUCCGCCAUUUGUUAUUUUCAAAAUUUUUACAGAACUUUAAACAUCCUUUCUAAUUUUUCGAAAUCUAAGCAUGAAGCAUAGUCGUGUGACGUCUUUGCUGUCUCUGAUUAGUAGCGAGACUCUUCCAACAGGGCACCACUAACGUCAUUUGUCGGAUAAGCAAAAUUUUUCAACGAAAGAAAGUGCGUGAAUAAUUUUUGGAAAAGUGCUGGUUACCAAAAUGCCAUGGAGGCAGUUUGCUCGAAUGCUAGCAAAUCAGCACCAAUUGGUUGAGAUGCUUGCAAAUACUCCAUUCAUGAGGAGACUUGCUCAGAUGACACAUUUUGCCUACCGAAGAGCAACCUAUGUUGGUCAGCAAAAAGUCAAUGAAAUCCUCAAAAAUGAAGAACAGAGGCAAAAAGUGAGAUAUGAUCCACCAAAUGGAACUGUCCAAGGAUUUAUGACACGAUUUUUUCAAAAUCUACAAAAAGAAUUUGAAAGAGCAAAUAAAUUGAAGCCCAAGUGAAAUGGGUUAUUGUAUUAUUAAGUUUUUUGUGUAAAUAUGAACUUUUGUGGCUUGCUUAGUUAAUUGUAAUUAAAGGUAUAAAGAGGUCAUAAACAAAGAAGAAGUUUUGCAAAUCUGCACUAAUAUUCAUUGAAUAAUUACACCUGGUUCAGAAGCAUCA